CGCGGAUCCUGACGUAAACAAACCAGAGACGCACGAAGGUGACCCAGGCGGCAGGCCGCUCUCAGCUCGUCGGUAAUUACUCUUUUGUACGCCAUAGAGAGAUGGCACAAGGGCCAUCGAACGUGGACUGGCAGACGAGUUUAACACAAAUACACCAACGCGCAGGCCAUGUCCUCCAGUCGGGCCAGUGGUCAGACUGUACCUUCAUUGUCGGAAAUGAAAAUAAUCAAAAGCAGACCCUACGCGGCCACCGUCUCAUCCUCGCCAUGUCGUCGCCUGUGUUCGAGGCGAUGUUUUACGGAGGAAUGGCGGAGAAGGAGGACAAGCCCGUGGAAAUCCUGGACGUGCAGCCGGAGGCCUUUAAAGCGCUGUUGCAGUACAUCUACAGUGAUGAGAUAAACCUCCAGUCCUUCGAUCAAGUCUGCGAAAUUUGUUAUGCUGCCAAAAAAUACAUGAUUCCGGCCCUUGUGGAACAGUGUACAAAAUUCAUAUGGAGCGACCUCCACCCAGGGAACAUGUGUCGAGCAUAUGAGUUUGCCAGGCUCUUCGAAGAACCGAGUCUGAUGGACAAAUGUUUACAGAUCCUUCACUCCAAGACAGAAUUAGUCAUUAAAGAUGCAUCUUUUGAGGAUAUCGAAGCAACAACCCUACGAACCAUCUUGCAACAGGAGAAUCUUGCAGUAUCAGAGGCCAUGCUGUGGGAUGCGUCCGUCCGGUGGGCAAAGCAAGAGUGUGGGAGGCAGUCGUUAGAAGCCACACCCCUCAACCAACGAAAGGUCUUGGGUGAGAAUCUGGGUCUCAUAAGAUUCCUGACCUUUAGCCCAACAGAGUUUGCGAACGGACCAGCCAUGUCGGAAAUCCUAACCAAGGAGGAGAGCUUCACACUCCUAAUGAACAUCUCUUCCCCGGGCGUGACUCCCCUCCCCAAGCCCUUCUGUCCGAGCCUCAAGAGGAGACAGAAAGAGCCGUCACCUCCCCCGCCAACGCCGCCAGACCCGAGGAACAUAGGAAAUCUAAGGGACGAGGUGCAGUUGAGGUGUACCUGUGCUGGAGAUAUCACCACCAUCCUGAUCAACGACCAGCUGGUGGACUUCUCACUGUCCUUCUCCGUAGACAGCAGCAUCUGUAUCUAUGGCGUGGAGAUGCCAACACAGAUGGUCCCACAGACUCUGGAGCAGCAGCCAAAUGGGCAGCCAGUUCCCCAGAGCUACUCUGAGCUCAUCUAUGCCUUUCUGCAGGACUCAGAUGGCUGCCGGCUCACUUACACCCACUUCACAGCUCGCGUGCCGUGGAAUAGCACCAUGGAAGUGAUGUUCAACCGGCCUGUGUACAUCACUCCCAACAGGACCUACAAAAUUGGUGUUGUCAUGAACAAAGUGGGUCGGUAUCCACUGUACGUGACCAACCACUUUGUGUCUGUUGAGUACGUGACAUUCACCUUUGGGCAGGACAGGUCACGGGACGGACUCAUCAAGGCACUCAUCUUCGGUUGCAUGCCACCAAGAAUCCCCUCGAGCCCCAGCCCUUUCUGGCCGUACUAAGGUCCCUUCUCACGUUCUUCUCCUUUCCUUACUUUUGUGUCUUCUCUGUCUUCUUCUUCCUCUGUAGUUUCUUUUCUUUCUUUCUCUUUCUUUCUCUUUUUCCUUUUCUCUCUCUCUGUCCUUAUAGGUUAUGUAAGUCUUGCUGUGAUUCUGUCAUUGCUUGUUGACAAUAGUAGUUAUAUUUGAUCUGCAUAAUCGUACUUAACUUUGUAGAUUUUGUAUAUAGUAUUUUCCAAAGUUUUUUUUUCUUUCUUUUAUAAACAAAUUAUGCUCUUAAGACAGAUUUAUUUAUAUGCAUUUCAGACUAUAUUGUAUGAAAUAAAAUUUUAAAUUA